ACAGAGUCAACAAAGUCAGCGAGAAAACAUCGUGUCGAACACACUUCUAAACAAAAACACAAAUAAACAAAUAAACAAACAAAGAAUGGGUUGCAAGGCUUGUGGAACCAACUGCCAGUGCUCGGCCACCAAGUGCGGCGACAACUGCGCCUGCAGCCAGCAAUGCAAGUGCGCCUGCAAGAACGAACCCAAGGACAAGUGCUGCUCCGACAAAAAGUGAUUACAUAUGAAUAUAUCAAUACUAUAUCAUAAAUGUAUAUAGAUAUAUUCAAAUGACUGACUCACUGAUGCACACCAACUUAGUACCAACAAUAAAAAACACAAUUUUUAUUUGAAUUUCU